UAGGACGCAGUUUUGCUUCGGUGAGUUCAAGAUCAGCAUGUGCCAGGCGGGACUUUAGCGCUACCAAUGGACAAUAAUUAGCCGGAAACUUUGAACAGUGUCACGAGAUUUGUGAUUGGUCCCAUUGCACGAACGUUCUUCCAGUGGAUAAAUUAGAUUAAUGGUGACGUGAUUGGAGAUUGUGACCGAAAAUGAAAGUGGUACGAUUUCUCCUGCUUGGCGUGCUGGUAGCAGCCACUUGUGCGAACCCCGCCGUGGAUAAUGGCAGUCCCAUCAAUCAUGUGUUACCGACUGCGGCCAGCAAAACAGCCCUGGAGGAAUCCUUUGUGAAACGGUUGGGCACCAAGUGUACGCAAAAGGAUAACAGCUCCUGUGUGAUGCUGAAGUUGGUGAACUACAUGAAUCGGAUACUGAAAAAGUCCAGCAUUGCGCUAGGCGAUAGCGUGGAGCUGACGCAAACCAGAACUGACGACACCAUGGCGGACGACCCGGAGGAAUUGUCCGUCCUGAGCCGCUCGGCCAGCUCGGACGACCACAAGCUGAGCGUCAUUGUGGCGGACAAAAUCUGGCGCUUCAUCCAGAGUCGCAGCGUCAAGUGGAAGGCCUUUCGGGUGGCAGAUGUGGUCGUCGCAUCCGGCGAAGGUGGUAAACUGAACUUUGGCGUAUCGCUCGACACGAGGAAACUGCUGGAGGAGGGCCGAGGCAGGAUGAAAAACUAUCACCAUAUCCUGAUGGCGUUCGUCAUGAAGGCUGGCAUCGUGGGCGCACUGGUGCUGAAAGGAAUCGCGCUGCUCGUCGGCAAAGCGCUGUUGGUGAGCAAGUUGGCCCUGCUGCUGGCCAGUGUGAUUGGCAUCAAGAAGCUGCUCCACAAGAAGCACGUAACGUACGAGGUGGUGGCCCAUCCACCCGAGCACCAUCACCAUCUGGACACGUACAGCUCGGGAUGGGCUCGGGCCAUCGAUGGGUUCGUCGAUUCGUUCGCCAAAGGGUUGGAAAACAAUUUGGUUAUGAAGGAUUCGGACGAAAUGGCAUAUGGCGCACAAAGGCAACAAUGAGUUUCCCGUUCGUGAACCGACGACCUGUUCUUUCUGCUGUCAACAUUGGAGAUUGGAAGCACUUGGUACCUGAGUUUAUUUCUAAAUCAUUCUGUCCUGUGAUAUUUCUUUGCCGUUUUUUUGCUCACCUGCGUGUUUCAUGCUGAACUGAAGUUUAAUUUAUUUACUAACUAUUUAUAACUAUUUAUUUAACAGAAAUAAAUUAUUUUCAAUUUUUCUAGUUGUCUAA